AUGGACGGCGCCGUGGCUCUAGAAGAACAACAGGGGCGCAGCGUGCUGGGCUCGCGCUCUCUCGUGUCGGGCAUUAGCGCGCUGCUCGAUGCGGACUGUCGCCACGAUCUGCCGCUGCAUCACGCCAUGGGCGCGUGCGAUGCACCAGCGAUGAGCUGCUCAUACACCACGCUGACGCCACUGACGCCGCUGCCGCCCAUCAGCCACGUUACCGACAAGUUUCAGCGGCACAUCCCCGUGAGCGGUAGCUUCACGCUCAUGCGCGAUGAGCGCGCGCUCCCCGCGGUGAGCAGCCUGUACGGUUUUAAAGAACACGCGGAUGUGCUGGGAAAUGGACUCACGCUGCCGCAUACACCUCAGCCUCUCCACACGUACGGCCACGCGCCGCACGCUGUGCACGCAGCUCACGACAAAAUGUUGGGGUUUGACGCUAACGAGGUGCCGCGCGCGGAACCGCGUGUGCGCGGGUUUACGCACGCGGAGACUAUGAUGUCACACUUGAAUGAAGUGCAAACGACUCCAGGUCCCACACACCACGCGCUCCUGGCACCCAACACGCACGCGCCACAGGCUCAUCGCGAGCGGCCCCAGUCCUCAGGCGCGCCCCUGGAGGAGAUAAACACCAGGGAGGUCGCGCAGCGCGUGACCGCGGAGCUGAAGAGGUACAGCAUCCCCCAGGCCAUCUUCGCCCAGCGUGUGCUCUGCCGCUCCCAGGGCACGCUCUCCGACCUGCUGCGGAACCCCAAGCCCUGGUCUAAACUCAAAUCCGGCCGCGAGACCUUCCGCCGCAUGUGGAAGUGGCUGCACGAGCCUGAAUUCCAGCGCAUGAGCGCGCUUCGACUGGCAGCCUGUAAGCGGAAAGAGAGUGAGGUGGACCGGGACAAGAGGAGCUUGCAGAAGAAGUCUCGGCUGGUGUUCAGUGACCUGCAGCGGCGCACCCUACUGGCCAUCUUCAAGGAGAACCCACGUCCAUCUAAAGAGAUGCAGGUGACCAUCUCACAGCAGCUCAGUCUGGAGAUCUCCACCGUCUCCAACUUCUUCAUGAACGCCCGCCGCCGCAGCCUGGACAAGUGGGCCGAGGAGGGAGCGCAAACCUCCAGCCACCGCACCAAAGAGUCUUAG